CUAUUUUGAGGCCUCUUGACCCUUCUACGCCCAUCAAUAAUUUCCGUCCUGCUACAAAUUGAAGGAUUGUGGGUUCUUCCCUUCCUUCUUAGUAGCGAUUGUGGUCCCUCUGUAGUCCAGAGCCGAGGCAGAGGCAGUUGUGUAAUAAUAGUUGGACAAAUUCCUUGUUCGCAUAUUCACCAACAAUUUGUGCUUUGUAUUUGCAGUACCUCUUGUACCAUUCGUGCUGUCAUUAAGCCUCUAAAAGCUUAGUUAUUUGCACAUGUCAACUGUUCAUCAUUAUCCACGAUAUUCGAUUAAAUGAUUGAUGACUCCUUUUUCUGGGUUACAGCAAGAUUUUUCAGACUUGGUUCUGCUCAAACUUAAGUGCAAUCACAUGGUUGAGUCAACCACAAUGCAACAAAGAGAAGGACAAGAGUGUUUGAAGUUUGAACUGAAAUCAAACCUGACAAAGUAGAUGUUAGGCAUUUAAGUGGUGGUAAAUAAAGGAGGAUGGGAAAUAGCAUGAACAAAGCGAGCACAGAAAGUGGGAGUGAUGCCUUGUUAUUGUCAAUUAUACUUGCCUAUUCUCAGGAAAGACAAAUCCUGAGAUGCCUCCUUUCCUUCUCCAUUCACUCUUCUGGAACUUGCCCUUCUUCUUUUUAUGGCAACACUUUACUGCACUUUCACUCUCAUGAAUGAGAGAUGGCUCAAUGAGAUAGGUGAUUAAAUUGUGGAGAAAACAACACAUGAAACAAAUUAGUACUAGUCAAUUUUUUCUUGCUAUCAUAGAAAUUUGAGCCCUAUGUUAGACUUCAGAUGUUGAGGUUUACAAUUAUGCAUUUCUUUAAGCACAUAGUAACGUUAAUACGAAACUACGAAUCCAGAGUUAGAGUCUUUGGCUGUGAGGUUUUUCGAAUGUGAAUUACUAUCGUGUCCAAGUCUGAAUACUUAGAACUCAAACGAGAAAGAAAAUAGAUGAAAAAUUGAACAAAAUGAAAUGAUUGCAUAGAAAGUAUUAACCCUAAGCUUGUUCUUGGAUAUGAUAUGAUUUAUAAUUAGGAAACUGAGAUUAAAUCAUUAACUAAGACAUGAUGAAAUACUUGAGCAUUUAUUCCUGGCAGCUGAGUUAUGAAUGUACUUGUUUUUGUUGAUAAACAAUAAUGUGAGGACUCCACCAUUUUGGUAUACCAAAACAUCCCGAUGAACAAAAUUAAAAACGCAAUAGUUUAUUAUUGGCAUCCUCUAACGCCUAUAAAAUCUCCUCCCUUUAUCUGAUGACACACAACCUCAAGCUUCUCAUUCUCUCGUCUCACACCAUUCACAGGCACAAAAGACCCACGACGACCGAUGUCAACACUGAACCAUCUCUUUGACCUUCCAGAGCAGAUUUGCUAUGUACAAUGUGGUUUCUGCGACACCAUUUUACUGGUAAGUGUCCCAGGUAGCAGCUUGUCCAUGGUAGUGACUGUGAGGUGUGGGCACUGCACCAGCCUUCUCUCUGUCAACAUGAUGAAAGUCUCUUUUGUCCCUUUCCAGCAGCUUUUAGCUUCUCUCACCCAUGAUCAGCAAAAAGAAGAAAUCAAUUUAGAGGGACCGGAUGCGCGAAAAACCUUGGACAUCGAGAGAUCAUUAUCCAUGGCAGCCUGUUCUGAUGAUAAUAAAUUAGAGGAGGAUAAGAACCCUGUUAACCGUGUCAUUAACAAACCACCGGAGAAAAGGCAAAGAGCACCAUCAGCUUACAAUCGCUUCAUCAACAGAGAAGAGAUCAGAAGGCUCAAAGCUGAAAAUCCAGACAUGGCUCACAAAGAAGCCUUCAGUACAGCUGCAAAAAAUUGGGCCAACAACCCUCCAAUUCAUUAUAAAGAAGGUGGAGAGAAUUAUUGUAGACAGGAAGAAGAGAAGGCAACAUGGAGUCGUGAUGCAGCUGAGUUUCAGGUGAACAUCGAAGGCAAAAGUUUCCAUGAAAGAAAGACUCCAAGGCAUUCCAUAUGGGCAGCGACACCAUUUAAAUGAAGAAAUUAAGCUUAUAUAAGCUACUGUAAGAAGAAAACUAUCCACUUUUAGGGUUUAGGGUUGGGUUCUGAAGCAUAUGUCUUUUUUAGAGAUAGAUGCUCUUGGGAAUAGGGUCUUCACUGUACUGCAAGUUGUGAAAGACUGACAAAUAUAAGAAAUUUUCAACGUACUUGAUGAUAUAUGAUAUAUGUUGUAUUCUGUCUCAAGUGCAACUCGCAUUUGGCCCUCUCUCUAUAUAUAUAAUAUUUUCUUCUGAUUUGUGUUAAUU